CUCGUCAACCCGUCGACGCCCGCAGGUCUCGACCGCGCCAUCUCGUCGGCCGCCGACGCGCAGCAGAAAUGGCGCGAGACGACGUUCCGGGAGCGCAGGAAGGUGCUCCGCACCCUGCUGCAGCACGUCCUGGACAACCAGGAGCAGAUCUGCCGGGUGAGCAGCCUGGACUCGGGCAAGACCAUGCUCGACGCGCAGCUGGGCGAGAUCCUCGUCACGACCGAGAAGCUGCAGUGGACCAUCAAGCAUGGCGAGAGGGCGCUGAGCGACGAGAAAAGGCCCACGAACCUCCUCAUGUGCUACAAGAAGAACAGGGUCGUCUACGAGCCCCUCGGCGUCGUCGCGGCCCUCGUCAGCUGGAACUACCCCUUUCACAACCUCAUCGGGCCCGUCAUUAGUGCCAUUUUCGCCGGCAAUGGCAUCGUGGUCAAGGUCUCGGAGCAGACCUGCUGGAGUGCACAUUACUAUACGAACAUCAUCCGCGGUGCGUUGGUCGCGCAUGGACACGAUCCCGCGCUGGUCCAGAGUGCGGUGUGCUGGCCGCAGACGGCCGGGCACUUGACGAGCCACCCCGGUAUCAGCCACGUCACGUUCAUCGGCAGCAGGCCGGUGGCUCACCAUGUUGCGGCCAGCGCGGCAAAGAGCCUCACGCCCGUGGUUGCGGAGCUGGGUGGAAAGGACGCGGCCGUCAUCUGCGACUCGGCCCAGAACGACCUGAAGAGAAUCGCGGAGAUCAUGAUGCGCGGCUCCUUCCAAGCUGCAGGGCAGAACUGCAUCGGUAUCGAGCGCAUCAUCUGCGCCCCCGGCGUGUACGACAAGCUGGUCGAGAUGCUGGCACCCAAAGUCGGGGCCCUGCGGCUCGGCACCGACAAGGACGUCGGCGCCAUGGUCUCGGACGGCUCGUUCGCGCGUCUCGAGAAUCUCGUCCAGGAGGCCGUGAACCAGGGCGCGAGAUUGCUGGCGGGCGGAAAGAGGUACAAGCACCCCGAUCAUCCCUCCGGCUUCUACUUCACGCCCACCCUGCUUGUCGACGUGACGCCCGAUAUGGCCAUCGCGAGGGAGGAGUGCUUCGGACCAGUCAUGACCAUCAUGCCUGCGUCGUCGGGUUCCGCUGAGGAUCUGUUGAGCCUUGCGAACGCACCUGAUUUCGGGCUGGGAUCGAGUGUGUAUGGCAAGGACUCGGAUCCUGUCGUGCGAGAUAUCGUCAAGGGCAUCCGAGCUGGCGGGGUGGCUGUGAAUGAUUUUGCAGUUUACUACGCCGUGCAGCUGCCGUUUGGUGGUGUCGGCGGAUCCGGGUACGGUCGGUUUGCUGGUGAGGAGGGCUUGAGAGGCCUCUGCAACGUGAAGAGUAUCUGUGAAGACCGGGCCGGGUGGCUGGGUGUCAGGACGGCUAUACCCCCGCCGGCACAGUAUCCUGUGAAGGACCAGGACAGUGCUUGGAGGUUUGCAAGAGGCGUUGUUAGACUGGGCUACAGUCUGGGAGUCGGGGGCAUGGUGGAGGGUCUUGUGGAUGUGAUUAGAAAUGGCUAGACGAGAUUGGGUCUUUCAAAAUGCCACAUGUGAAACUCUUGUUAGGAGACACGUUGAAGAAGCAUGCAUAGAGACUAGAGUGGGUCACAGAGGCUGAGGCUAAAUCUAGCCGCGAAUACAAAUAAUCUAAUGUAUAUUCUGUCAUGGUUUGCUUU